AUGGCGGCGCACCUGUCCUACGGACGAGUGAACCUGAACGUGCUGCGCGAGGCGGUGCGUCGCGAGCUGCGAGAGUUUCUGGACAAGUGCGCGGGAAGCAAGGCAAUAGUUUGGGAUGAGUACCUCACAGGACCAUUUGGCCUGAUUGCACAGUAUUCACUACUGAAGGAACAUGAAGUGGAGAAAAUGUUCACACUUAAAGGAAGUCGUUUGCCAGCAGCUGAUGUCAAGAAUAUUAUUUUUUUUGUCAGACCCAGGCUAGAGUUGAUGGAUAUAAUUGCUGAAAAUGUGCUCAGUGAAGACAAACGUGGCCCAGCAAGGGAUUUCCACAUCUUGUUUGUUCCACGACGAAGUUUACUGUGUGAACAGAGGUUGAAAGACCUGGGUGUUUUGGGAUCCUUUAUUCAUAGGGAAGAGUACAGCCUAGACCUCAUUCCAUUUGAUGGGGAUCUCUUAUCCAUGGAAUCAGAGGGUGCAUUCAAAGAAUGCUACCUGGAGAGUGACCAGACCAGCCUCUACCAUGCAGCCAAGGGGCUGAUGACCCUGCAGGCUCUGUAUGGGACGAUCCCCCAGAUCUUUGGGAAAGGAGAGUGUGCCAGGCAAGUGGCCAAUAUGAUGAUCAGGAUGAAGAGAGAGUUUACAGGAAGCCAAAAUUCAAUAUUCCCUGUUUUUGAUAAUCUCUUGCUGCUUGAUCGAAACGUGGAUUUAUUAACGCCUCUUGCCACGCAGCUUACGUAUGAGGGACUCAUUGAUGAAAUUUAUGGCAUUCAGAACAGUUAUGUGAAGUUACCUCCGGAGAAAUUUGUACCUAAGAAACAGGGCGAUGGCGGGAAGGACCUUCCCACGGAAGCCAAGAAACUUCAGCUGAAUUCUGCAGAGGAGCUAUACGCUGAGAUCCGAGACAAAAACUUCAACGCGGUGGGCUCAGUACUUAGCAAGAAAGCAAAGGUGAUCUCCGCAGCGUUUGAGGAAAGGCACAACGCCAAGACGGUCGGGGAGAUCAAGCAGUUCGUGUCCCAGCUGCCCCACAUGCAGGCAGCGAGAGGCUCGCUCGCAAACCACACGUCGAUCGCAGAGUUAAUCAAAGACGUUACCACCUCUGAAGACUUCUUUGAUAAACUAACAGUGGAGCAGGAGUUUAUGUCUGGAAUAGACACUGAUAAGGUCAACAGUUACAUCGAAGAUUGUAUUGCCCAAAAGCACCCACUGAUCAAGGUGUUAAGACUGGUUUGCCUCCAGUCUGUGUGCAACAGUGGACUCAAACAAAAAGUUUUGGAUUAUUACAAAAAAGAAAUUCUCCAGACGUACGGCUAUGAGCACAUACUGACCUUAUACAACCUAGAGAAGGCUGGCCUGCUGAAACCACAGACGGGGGGCAGAAACAAUUACCCAACGAUCCGGAAAACGUUACGCCUCUGGAUGGAUGAUGUAAACGAACAGAAUCCCACGGACAUAUCCUACGUGUACAGCGGCUAUGCCCCUCUCAGCGUGCGGCUGGCCCAGCUGCUGUCCCGGCCGGGCUGGCGAAGUAUCGAGGAAGUUCUGCGCAUACUCCCAGGGCCCCACUUCGAAGAGCGGCAGCCGUUGCCCACGGGACUGCAAAAGAAACGUCAACCGGGAGAAAACCGAGUGACUCUGAUAUUCUUCCUCGGGGGCGUAACCUUUGCUGAAAUUGCUGCCCUGCGAUUUCUCUCCCAGUUGGAAGAUGGAGGCACAGAAUAUGUCAUCGCCACCACCAAACUAAUGAAUGGGGCCAGCUGGAUCGAGUCCCUAAUGGAAAAACCUUUCUAG